AGAGCGAUCUAACUGGCUAAAUGUAGAGAAAGUUGCUGAAAACGGCUAAAAUUACUUACGGGCCUUUUAAGAAAAGUGUAAGAGAAUUUUAGGCAACAUAUAUCCACGCCACUCUUAUUUUGAUGCUCUUGUGGGAGCUGUUCAUGUGUUGUGGGCAUGCGCAGGAGUGCGUCGUCAUCUCAGCACAACAAACAACAGUCUGAUCAACUGAGGUCACGAGAGAGGCAAAGAGAAGGAAACUGACACAAAUCAAGCGAAUACUUCGUGUUUCAUCUGACGGGUGAGAUCACCGCACACAGACAGUGGCUGUUAUCGAGCUGUGUGAGACUGUUGUAGCCGCUGCAAUGGGUCGAAUGUUCCUGGAUCAUAUCGGAGGGACCCGUCUGUUCUCCUGCGCGAACUGCGACACGAUCUUGACGAACCGGACCGAGCUGAUCUCCACGCGCUUCACCGGAGCCACAGGACGAGCGUUCCUCUUUAAUAAGGUGGUGAACCUGCAGUACAGCGAGGUGCAGGACCGAGUCAUGCUGACGGGCAGACACAUGGUGCGAGACGUCAGCUGUAAGAACUGCAACAGUAAGCUGGGAUGGAUCUAUGAGUUUGCCACCGAGGACAGUCAGCGCUAUAAAGAAGGCCGUGUGAUCCUGGAGAGAGCGCUGGUCCGAGAGAGCGAGGGCUUCGAGGAACACGUGCCCUCCGACACUUCCUGAGUCAUCUAUUUCAAUCGCACGUUUGCUUCUUGUCCCAGACAAAUGGCCCCUGAACACUUUGAGGACUGGCUGAUGUGUGUCUGCACAAUGAAACCAGACCCACUGCUUGUUUCUAUGGAGACAAAUGACAUGUGUAGAGUGCUCCAACUGCUUUUAAAGACCAGUAUAGUUCAGAAUGUUUGUCGCAGGUGCUGCGUGCUGAUGAUUGAGCCGGACAUCUGCGACACAUAGCUUACGUAUCGGUGCAUAUGCUUCUAUGUUUAAGGUGUUUCUUUUAAUUUUAGUUACUAGUUACAGUUGAUUUCAGAUAAAGUCACUCACCCUCGUGUUGUUAGUAAACCCGUAUGACUUUCUCUCUACCACUUAGUGUUGUUUGAUAUGAAAUACAAUCAAUGUGAAUGGUGACAGAGACUGAACAUUCUGCCUUUUGUGAAAGUCAUACGGAUUUGGAACAACAUGCGGGUGAGUAAAUAAUUUUUUUCUUUUCUUUUUUUUUAUUAUGGCCUAUACCUUUAAAUAUAUUCACUGUAAUGAUUUCAUCUUAAUAAAUGUCCAACAUUCAGUUCAGAUUCAUUCAUUAUAGCAUGGCUUUCUGGAAUACUUGAUUGUGAUUGGCCGGUUGCUGCAUUCUGCACUUACAGCUCUUCUGUAUUAUAAGCACUAAACUGUGUAAUUGACUGUUUUGUUCCAGGCAACUGAUUUCCUCCAUAACUGUGCUUGUGUCAUGUGCCUCACAAACUACUAAAGUUUUUUUUAAACUUG